AUUACAUUGGAGCAAGACUCUAACUACUCUUUCAUCAUUAUUAUUCCCAGUCCAUAAAUCUGUAUUAACCUCGGCGAUUCUCCGCUUGGAAUGCAGCUUCCGUCCAAUCGAUCGGUCCCAGGCCCCCCAACACGCGCGCCUCACCGCUCGCGAUUUAUCCGAAUCAAGCGACGGAGCACUUUUCUUCCUGCAUACUAGUCUACUACUCUACCUUCUAGCUACAUGAUUUCUCUCCGCUGAUCCACCUACAAAGUCCAACCAAUCUCGGAAUACCCUCAAAGCAAACUCCUCUCAACCUACAAGUGCGCCCCGAAUCCCGCGUCGCAACUACGCGCAAGUGUCGCAACCCCCGGAAAUCCGACCGGAAACAACCUCAUACCUACUCUACCUCACUCAUCUCACGGCUUACACACACCCCUUACUUCACCCCGACCAAGCGACUCACAACCCCCUCAACCUCAAAUUCAACCCUGAAAUAAAAAAAAAAAAGCCACCAUGUCCGAACCCAUCCCCGAAUCCAUCCCCACGAGUGCCGACCCGCGCAGCAAACGCCCCACGAAACGCCGCGCCAUAACCGCGCAAUCCUCCCAAGCGUCGCAAAUCGAAUCGCUGUUCCGCGACCCCAGCAAAGAAAUCAAGCUGCCGAAUGCCCCCACACAGCGGACGGCGGGCUCGAUGCCAGCGCCACCGGAGAUCGUGGCCAACGUGCAGGGGUCGUCGGCGGGCGCGGGGUCGGGCGAGUUCCACGUGUACAAGGCCAGUCGGAGACGGGAGUACGAGCGACUGCGGCUGAUGCAGAGGUAUGGGGUUGAGGGGGGUGAAGUGCCUGGGGUUAUUAUUCAUGAUGACUGA